CUCUCCAGACGCGCAGGGUCGCAUGGAGCGGGGAGGUAUCAACUUCCAGGGGGGCAUCUUGAGAUCGGAGAGUCCUGGGAGCAUUGCGCCAUUCGUGAGUGCGAGGAGGAGACCGGGAUAGUCUUGAAGCGUGACACGCUGCUGCUCCUAGACAGUGACGUGUUCGCUAAAGGGAAACACUACGUCACCAUCAUCAUGAUCGGAGUAUGCUCAUCGGAUCAGGUUGCCAGGCUAAUGGAGCCGGACAAGUGUGAAGGAUGGAGUUGGGAGGACUGGAAGCAGAUGCCGUCUCCGCUGUUCCAUCCUCUGAGCAAGGUUGUGAGCUCCGGCUUC